UCAUGUAAAUCUGGAAUAUAUGAGCUUAUAAUCAUACUCGAUAUUGGGUUCGUCAUGACAAGUUGCUGGUGUAAACAAUCAUGGCGGACACAGGAGCUAUUUUCCUGGCAAAAAACUUACUUGAAGAAAAAGUGCUGUUAAGAAGACCUCCAUCAGGAUCAAGAGCAGGCAAAGCAUGCACUUCUGCAUAUGCCAGAGAGCUUUCUUCCACAACAAAAUCCUCAAAACUCUUCCAGACAAACCAUUCUCUUCCACCAAGACCAGCCACUAAAGAUGGCAAACAAACAAGUGAUAUUAAGAAUAUGCACACUGGGAUGAAGAAAAGGAUACAAAGUGCUCAUCCAAAACUGGAAAGUUCCCAAGGUCAUUCUGCAUAUUAUGAUACAGGACAAGAUAAUAUAGAUGAUAGAUUGAAACCUAAUGUGUACAGCCUAUCAGAGCACAAGAAAGUAUUUGGGAGUAAUUCAGAUCUAAUAACUGAGGCAAAAGGAGAGAGAUGUCCAUAUAAACUAGAGACAUCACCAAGAGAAUUCCUGCCAGGUGUUCUCCACAAGCCAUGUGCAAGGCAACUUCCAUCUAGUUUAAAGCCAUUGGCACCAUGGCUCACACCAGAGAUCCCACCUCGUCUUAUAGGUAUGAGUCCAAGAGAUGGUUUGAUUUUCUUACCAGGAUUUCCUAAUGACUAUGAGGACCUCCCUACAGUUCCACCUGUACAGAAUCCAGAGGAUGAUUUGCCAUAUAAAAGUAAAGUUAAAGAACCAGAACCGUGGGCACCAAAGAGGUACAGAUAUUAUAGGAACCCCACCCCGGUGCUUGAGGACUGGAUGUGCAAACAUGCUGGACAAAGACAAGUCAAAGUGUUUGCAAAGGAUGGAACACUGUUACAUGAGCGUUUUGAAGGGAAAAGGACAGCUGAUGUGGUUAGAAAAGAAAUACAGGAAUUGGAGGACCUUAUGAGGGGCAUUGGUUCAGAGGGAGGUACCAGUAUUGUAGUGCAAUAUCAGGCUGAAAUCACUAAGUUAAAAGAAAUGGUGGAUGAUACAUUAGCAAGGGUUAUUCACAGAGAUACAGAAACGGAACCUGAACCAACAGACUAUUGUGGCUUAAGAAAGUUUUACAAACACCAUGAUGCAGUAAUGGAUCAAAUCAAAAAACAACAUGAACUGUGUGUGCAAGAGCUGGCAGAACUAGAGUCUGAUAUGGAGAUGGAAGACGAGAAAAGAUAUUUCUCUAAGUCUGUCAUGAGUUAA